UGUUUGGCUGAGAGGGGCAUGGGGUUGAGUAAUGGCGCCGGUUUGGGGGCUGGCCAUCCCACUGCCAUCAUAUGUCAGCCUUCCACUAUUAUUUGGCUUCCUUGUUUGGGGGCUUUGGGGGCUGUUUUCUUGGAAACAGAGCACAGAGCAUGUGGGAGUCAAGGCAGACUCAGAGACUUCAAAGCAGCAUAAAUUGAAAAAGAUCAAGAAAUUCACAGCUUCCCAGUGGGAAGAAAAUCUCAGAAUGGGUUGCCCUGAAGCUAACCUGACAUGUUUUUCAGGACUCCCUGUGGGAUGGGCCCAGGAAUAUAUACUCUGGUCAAUGGAGAGAAGUCUUCAACAGAUCUUCCAACACCUGGAAUGUGCAAGAUCAAGUCUUUUGGAAUUGUGUUUGCCUGAACCACAAGAUAAGAUUUCUUCCUCCACCUCCUCUGUGUUUGUGGCUCAGGAGCCUGUUCUACCCUGUUGUGGCUGUAAGAAGGCAAAACAUUCUACUGACCACAGCAUCUCCUCUGGAUCAUUAAGCAACAAUUCCAGCCUGUCACACUUUCCUGUCUUUUCUGAAGAAACAACCUGGCAACUCCGGAGCCAUAGUUUACCUAUUUUACCCAAGAAACAGCCUUCUGAGUUCAGGAGCCAAGGCACAUUGCUGCCUACUUUUAGGCUCUCAGAGUUUGGGAAAUCAAAACUUUUUCAGAAUUUGGCAGCACUUUCACCCUUAGGAUCUCAAAGUUCUUUUAUCAACUCUGUUCUUGAAUCCCCAGCUCUCUGCCACCAAGAGAAAACAAAGAAUGGAAGGAGGAGCAAGAGUCAUUUGACAUGGGAUCAUGGGCCAAAUUCUGGCUCCAGGGAGAGACCACGAUUCUCAGGGUGGGCUCCAAUCCGUCUCUCUCCUUUGGCUAGGUGGGAGUUAGAGGGACAUAUGGCUUGGAAGGUUUGUACUUUGAGGGAACAAACAGUACCUCUGCCUGUGAGGGAAUCAUGGGCAAUGCUGAAUUAUUUAAUCGAUGCACAAGGAGGAGUCCCUGAACCAGAGAAACCUCAAAUCCAGGUAUCUAUGCCCAUUCAUCAAAGCAGUAAACAAAGUAUCAACAAUAAAUCCCCAAACUGUCCAUCAUUUCAGCUCCAUGUGAAUAUUGGAGUGGAAUCUGGAUUAAAGAGAACAGAAACAAAAAUUUCACAGUCACUUUUCCCAGGUAAGCAGUCACAACCAGGGGAUGGCCCCCAAAUUCUUGAAUCCAGGCCCUUAGUUACAUCACUGGGCACUCCACCUCCCAAAAGUUUAGGAGUUGACAUAAAUCAAGAGGAAACCACUUUACUGCAGAAGGAGCCAAAACAUGUCCUAGAGCUCAGUAUAGAGCAUAGAGUCAUAGGCCUUCCAGAAAAAAGGAUACAGCAGCAUAAGACCCAAGUGACUAAUGUGGAAUUGACCCCAAGGCUACCAUACCAAGUUACAGAUAACAUAAAGGUAACUCCAUUGGCAUUACUUCAAGUCAUGGAUUCGAUGGGGAUGAUCCCAGAAUCACAUUCAGAAGUGAUAGAAUCUGUGGGUUUGUUCCCACAGCCACCAGAUGAAGUUGGGAAACCAAUGGAAACCACGAAAAAAGUGAGAGUAAGCCCCAAACCAUCAUAUCAAGUCACUAAAUCAGUGGAGGUAAUACCAAGUCCUCAGUAUCAAGCUAUGGAAUCAAAGAUGACCUCAAGACCACAGAAUCAAGUCACAGACAAUGUGAAGGUAACUCCUAUAGUAUUGCUUCAAGUCACGGAUUCUAUGGGGAUGAUUAAAAAAUCACAUCCACAUAUCACAGAAUCAGUGGGAAUAACCCCAAGAACACAAUAUCAAGCCAUGAAGUCAGCAGAAAUAAACACAUCACUAGACCAUCAAGUCAUACCACCAGGAAAGAUGAGUCCAAAGGCAAAACAUGCAGUUAUAGAAACUGUGGAAGUGACUGAAGGGCCACAGCAUGAAGUUACUGAAUCAGUGGACAUAACCUCAAAGCCACAAAGUCAAGUCAUAGAACCGUUGAAGUUUCUUCCAGAGCCCAUAUGUCAAAAAACAAGAUCAUUGGAAAUGAUCUCCAGUCCAUCUCAUCAAGUUAUGGAUUACAUGAAAGUAACUCCAGUGGCACUAUUACAAGCUAUGGAUUUCAUGGGGAUAAUUCCACCAGCACAGCCACAUGUUGUAGAAUCUGGAGAUUCGCAGUCUCAAAUCGCAAAUUUGACCCCAGGAGCAACUCAGCCAAAUGGUUUGACUUCUAGCUCUCCUACUACUAUUGGUCCACCUGAGGUUGUAGAAUAUGUGGGUUUACCCUCAGAGCCAUCACCUAAAGUCAAAGAAUCAGUAGGGAUAGUUCCAAUGUCAUCACAUCAAUCCAUACAUUCUCUAAAGGUAACUCCAAUAACACCGGGGUCACCAAUUGGAAUGAUCAUAGCACCACAGUCACAAGCUGUAGAAACUCAGGAUUUGACCUCAAGGCCAAUAUCUCAAGUCAAGGAACCUCUUGAGUUGACUCCUGGUUCAUGGAUUCAAGUGCUAGACCCUGUGGGGAUGACUCCACAACCAUAUCAUGAAGGCACAGAAACUAUGGCAUUAAUCCCAGGGCCACCUCAUCAAGUCAUGGAAUCUUCAAGGUUGACUCCACGGCUUCAAACCCUAGAAUCUUCAGAGGUGAGCCCAAGGCAAAGCCAUCAAAUUACAGAAAAUAUGGGGUUGGCCUCUGACACAUGGCUACAAAUGAAGAAAUCUGUAGAGUUAACACCAUCACAUCAUCAAAUAAUGGAAUCUUUAGGGACAGUCCCAAGGUCGCCGGGUCAAAGUACAGCAUCUAAGGGAGUGAGCCAAAAGCCACUGCAUCAAGUCACAGAACCUACAGCAAAGACUACUGCAUCACUACUUCCAAGUGUAGAGUAUUUGGGGGUGCAGCCAAUGCCACAACUUAAGGUUGUGGAUUCUGUGAAGUUAUCCUCAGGAUUGCAAAAUGCAAAAUCUGAGAAACUGACCUUGGGACCAAGAAUGCAAAAUAUAAAAUCUAUAGAUAUAACCACAGGUUUAGUCCCACAAGUGGUAAAAUAUGGAGAGCUGAUCCCAACUGUGAAGUCUAUAGAAUUGGUCCCAGAACUUCAACAGCAGACUGUAAAAUCUGAUGAGUUGGCCCCCAUUCCACAGACGAAAAGUAGGAAUUCUGUGCAGGUAGCCCCAGGGUCUCAGCUUCAAGGUGUGCAAUCUAUUCAUUUAACCCUAGGAACACAACAACAAAGUGGAAAAUCCACUGAGUUAGCCCCAGCACCACAGUUGCAAAAUGGGAAAUUGAAAGAUUUGACCUCCAGUUCACAGUUGCAAGGUCUGGAAUAUGUUCAUUUGGCCCUACCACCAGAGUUUCCAGAUAUAAAAGGUGUGGAGUUGACCCUAAGACAAUUACAGAAAGAUAGGAAAUCUGUGGAUUUGGCCCCCAAACCAUGGUUACAAGAUAAAAGAUCUGAGGAGAUAGUCCCGGUACUAUUGCUUAAAGAUGUGAAAAUUCCUCAAAUGGUAGAAUGUAGAAGGUUGAUUCCUGAAACACAGGUAGAAGAUAUGAAAUAUGAGGAACCAAUCUCAGGGGCACACAUUCAAGCAGUAAAAUCUGUAGAGUUGAGCCUCAAGCCAAAUCAUCAAGCCACAGAACCUGAAGGAUCUACCCCAUGGCAUCAACCUUUAGAAUCUUUAGGAAUGAUUGUACAGCCAAGAUAUCCAGGAACAGAAGCAGAGUUGACUUCUGACAAUUGUCACUACAGGAAAGAAUCUGUGGAGUUGAAACAGUCAUCUUUAGGAAAUACUCCAGGACCAUUGAGUCAAACUUCAGGAUCUAUUCAGAUGAACUCAGUGCCAUUACAAGGUACCCGUGAGACAAUGCUCCAGGGUGUAAAAGCCUUGGAGACUCCAGUGUCUCAACACUUAAUACAAGAAUCUCCAGAGUUGGUAUCAGGAUCAGAGAUGCAAGGUAUGAACCCACAAAUAUUGAACCCAGAGUCCCAAGGUAUGAAGUUUGUUCAUUUGAAUCUAGGACCAUAUUCAGAAUUUACGAACUAUAAGGAGUUGAUCUCAGAACCACAAUUUCAAAGUAUGAAAUAUGUCCCAUUGACCCCAGAACCACAGCCCAACAGUACAAAACCUGAGGAGUUGACUCUAGGUCCAUUAAUGCAUGGUAAUAAAUUUGUGGAUAUAACUGCACCACUGGAAGAAUCUAGGAGGUUAAUUCCUGACACACACUUACAUGAAGAAUCAAGGAAACUGACCAUGGAACCACAUUUACAAGCAAUUAAAUCUGUGGGUCCAACUUCCAGACCAUGGCAUCAAGACACAGUAUCUACAGAGUUAGCUUCUGAGAUCUGGCCACAAGAGGAGGAAUCAGUGAAGUUAAUCCCACAGCAAGUCAUGGAAACUGCUGAGAUGAUGGCCAGGCCACAUUUUAAAAAAAUUUCAGAGAUGACUCCGGGGCCAGGCUAUCAAGACACAGAAGCCAUGAGGCUGACUUCUGAGGCAUUAACACAAAAACCAACAGGUCAAGUUAUAGAAUCUGCAGGAAUGACUCUAAAACCACAUCUUCAAGUUACUGAGUCUUCAGAGAUACCUCUAAGGUCAGAAAAGACAGAAACUAUGGGGUUGGCAUCGUUUCAAGUUGAAAACACCCAAGAGACAAUGCCAUAUUUUAAAAAAGGAUCUCUGGAAUUUACUUUAGGACCAGGGAUGCAAUAUGAGAAAUCAGAGCCACCACUACAAAAUUUGAAAUCUGUGAAGUUAACCCCUGAGUCAUCCCCAUUAGUGGUAGGAUCUAAACAAUUUAUCACAGGACCAAAACCACAUGUUAUGGAGUUGACCCCAGGGCCACAGCUCCAGGGAGUAAAGUCUAUGCAGUUGGAUCCAGAGCCACAAUUACAAGACAUGAAAUAUGUUAAUUUAAUCCAACAGCCAGCUACUACUGGAGUGGUAGAAUUUGAGGAGCUGGUACAAGAACCAGUACUACAAAGUGUAGUAUCAGAGGAAUUGACUAAGGGGGCCCAGCCUCAAGGUGUGAAAUUGACCCUAGGGCCACAUUUGCAAAGUGUCAGAUUUUCAGAGUUAUCCCAAGGGCCACUUCUUCAAGGAGAAAAACCUAUAGAUUUAAUUUCAGGGUCUCCACAUCAUGGUAUGAAAUGUGAUGAACUGACCCCUGGUUCCCCAGUGCAAGAAAUCAAAUUAUCUAUCCCAGGACCAAAGCAUCAAAAUGUUAUACCCAUAAAAUUGACUUCAAAACCACAAACUCCAGGUGUGAAAUUUGUGGAACAAAACUCAGGACCAUGCUUGCAAGAUGUCAAGUUUUCUGAUUUGACCUCAGAACCAAAGCGUCAAGGUUUCAAACAUUUGCAGUGUAUACCAGGAACACAGCUUCAAGAUAUGAAGUCUACAGGAUUUGUAACAGAAUCAUCUUUGCAGUCAAGCCAAAGACCCUUGGGUGAAAAUACAGAAUCUCUUCUGUCUACUGAAGGACUACAGUUUCCUAGCAUGAAAUCCAAUGAAUUAACCUCAGAACUACAGUUGCAAGGUGUGAAAUCUCAGGAACUAAACCUAGGGCCAAGGCAGCAAGAGGUCAAAUUUUCUGAAUUGACUUCAGGGCCAAAGCUUCAAGGUGUCAAAUUUGGGAAGCAAACCCCAGGAUCUAAGUUUCAUGGUGUGAAUUCUGUGGAGAAGACUCCAGAGUUAGGGUUUCAAGAUUCUAAAUUAGCAAAGAUGUCACCAGGGCUGCAGGGUAUAAAACAAGUGGGGCUUAACCCAGGGCCAUGGCUACAAGAUGUCAAAUUUUGUGAUCUGAUAUCAGGAACUCAACCUCACGGAGUGAAAUCUUCAGAGUUAAACUUGGGACCACAACUACAAUGUGUGAAUUUUUUUGAGUUGACCCCAAAGCCAAAGAUACAAGGAGUAAGAUCUAUGAGGUUCACCCCACAACCUGGAAAGCAAGUGGUCACGCCUGAGAUGUUAGUACCAGAGACACUAUUUCAAGGUGUAAAACAUUUAGUGAUAGACCAAAUGUCAAGCUUUGAAGGUAACAUUUCUUAUAAAUUUGUCUCAGAGCCACAGAAACCAUAUGCAAAACCUAUGGAGUUGACUCCCGGGUCACAGUUGCCAAGUGUGAAAUAUUCUGAGUUGACUAGAAGACCAGAGUUACAAGGUAUAAAAUCUCCUAAAUUGAUCCAAGGACCACAGUUGCAAGAUAUAAAACCUGUGGAGUGGACCCCAAUCUCAAAGCUUCGAGGUUUAAAAUCUAAGGCACUAAUCCCAGAACCACAGCUGGAAGAUAGGAAAUCUGAGGAGUUAACCCCAGGGCUGCAUUUGGGAGGUAUGAAAUCUGUGCAAACACCAAAGCCACAAAUGGGAGAUGUCAAGUCUAUGGUGUUAACCCCCGGGCCACAGGUGGAAGGUGUGAAACCAAUGGAGCUGAUCCCAGGCUCAAAACUUCAAGGUUUAAAAUCUGAGUUGUUAAUCUCAGAGUCAGAGCUGAAAGAUAUGAAGUCUGUGGCCUUAAAAGGUAUGGAAUCCAUGUUGCUAACCUCCAGUCCACAGCUGGAAGGUGAGAAAUCUGUGGAGAUAACCUCAGGGGCUGAAAUAGAAGAUGUCAAAUCUGUGAAAGAUACCGCAAAUAACAAGCUUCAAGGUGAGAAAUCUGAGUUGACUAUGCAUGCAAAAACUCAAGAAUUCAAAACUGUGGAGUUGGUCCCAAGAACACAGCUGCAAGAUGUGAAAACUGUGGAAUUGAAAUUUGGGCCAAAGAUGCAAGGUGAGAAAUCUGUGUCUUUUGCACAAGGGCCAUUGCUCCAAGGAUCUGAACUGCAAGUUGUGAAACCUGAGGAAUUGACUUUAGAGCCACAAACGCAAGAUAAGGAACUUGUCGAGAGUACCCCAUGUUUAAAGUAUCAAAGUUUAAAAUCUGUAGAGGAAACUCCAGAUUUAGUGCUGCAAUGUAUAAAAUCUGGGAAGUCGAUCCCAAGGCCAAAGAAGCAGGAAGUAAAAUCUGUGAAUGUGACCAGAAGACCAAAGUUUCAAGGAGUAAAAUCUGUGGAUUUAGCCCCAAGGCAACAAUUUCAAGGGAUGGCACUUAUGAAUUUAACUUCUGGGCCAGAACGGCGUGGCAAGAUAUCUGUACUCUCACCAGAGCAGCAAUGUAUGAAUUCAGAGCAAUUGAAGAGAGGGUCUAAGUCAGAAGGUGAGAUGUCUUUGGAAUUAAUUCCAGGGCUAAAAUUUAAAGAUGGAAAAUUAGUAGACUUCAAUUUUGAGUUACAGUUUGAAGGUAUGAAACCAUGUGAACUGACUCCAGAAUCAAAUAUCCAAGGUUUAAAACCUAAAGAGUUUAAACCUGAACCACAGUUGCAAAGCAUAGUAUCUCCUGAGUUGAUCCCAGGACCUCAGCUGCACCAAGUGAAACCCUCAGCAUCAGCUUCAGAGCCACAACUCUGUGUAAAAACUGUUGAGUUAAAGCAAGAGCAACUGCUUGAAAGUAUGAGAUGUAUUCAGUGGAUACCAGGACCUAAGUUCCAAGCUGUGAAAUCUGUAGAUUUAAAUCUUGGGUCACGAUCUCAAGGUGCUAAAUCCGGAGGGUUGAAAUCUUCAGUACAGUUAAGAGAUGUGAAGUCAUCUGAAUUGACUUUCGGGACAAAAACUCAAGGUGCAACAUAUGCAGAUUUCAACCUUGGGCCACAGGUGCAGAAUGUGAAAACUCCUGAGUUGUUCCCAGGACCACAGCUGCAAAAAGGGAAGACUUUGGCAUCAACCUCAGAGCCACAGCUUCAAGAUAUAAAAACUAUUGAGUUUAAACAAGAGCCACAGCUAGAAAGUAUGAGAUGUGUUCAGUGGAUACCAGGACCUGAAUUCCAAGCUGUGAAGUCUGUAGAGUUAAAUCUUGGAUUACAGUCUCAAGGUGUCAAGUCUGUAGAGUUGAAACCUUUAAUACAGUUAAGAGAUACAAAGUCAUCUGCAUUGACUCCAAGGCCAAAGCUCCAAGAUACACCAUCUUUAGCAUCACUCCAGGAACAUCAGCCUCAAGGUUUCGAUUUGAAACCUUUUCUACAGGUUAGAAGUAUGAAAUCAUGUGACCUGACAUCAAGAUCAAAGCUCUGUGGUAUAAAAUCUAUGACACUGAAAUCUAGGCUUUCCUUGCAUGAUAGGAAAUCUACUAAAUUGACUGCAGGACCAAAGCUUCAAGAAGUGAAACCCUUACAGUCAUCCCCAGGAGCACAACCUCAAGGUGUCAAGUCUCUAGUGCUUACACAAGAGCCACAGCUUCCCGAGGUGAAAUCUGGGGUAUUAAGCCAAGGGUCACAAUUACAAAGUGAUAAAACUAUAGAGUUGAACUCUCCACUACACUUGAAAAGUAGGAAGUCAUCUGAAUUGACUCUUCAGACAAAACUUCAAGGUGUGAAAUCUGAGAAUUUCAACUCUGGGUUACAGUGGCAAGGUCUAAAAUCUUCUAAGUUGUCACCUGGGAUAAAGUCCCACGAUAUGACAUUUACUGAAUUAAAUCCAAGUUCACAAUUGGAAGGUACAACAUUUUCUAAACUGACUGUAGGGACAGAAAUUCAAGGUACCAAAUCUACAGAUUUCAACCAUGGACCAUUGUUACAAGGUGUGAAUUCUUCUGAAGGGACCUCAAAGACAAAACUUCAAAAUGUAAAACAUAAAGAAAGCAGCCCCAGUCCCCAGGUGCAAGUUGUGAAAUCUUCUGACCUGAUCCUGGGAUCAAAGCUUCAAAAUGUGAAAUUGGUGUUCAACCCUGAGCCACAAUUUCAAGGAGUGAAUUGUUCUAAGUUACUCUCAGAAACAAAGUUUCAAGAUGUGGAAUCUGCAAAGUUCAAACCUGGGUCACAGUUGAGUGGUGUGAAAUCUUCUGAAUUGAUACUAGGGACAAAGCUUCAAAAAGUGGAAUCAGUGGAUUUCAAGUCAGGCCCACAGUUUCAAGAUACGAAAUCUUCUAGGUUGAUCAUGGGUGUAAAGCUUCCAGAUGUAAAAUCUACGAAUUCCAGGUCUGGGCCACAGUUGCAGGAUGUGAAAUCUCGGGUGAUCACAAGGGAAAAUCUUCAAGGAGUGAAAUCUGUAGAAUUGAAACCUAGUUCAAAGUUACAAGGUGAGAACUCUUCUGAUAUGACCCUGGGGAGGAAGUUUUCAGGUGUGAAAUCCAGCCCAAAGUUACAAGAUAUAAAAUGUUCAGAGCUGAUUAUGGGUAUAAAGCUUCGAGAUAUAAAAUCUACAGGGUCCAAUUCUAGAUCACACUUUCAAGGUAUGAAAUCUUCUGAAAUGAUCCCAGAGUCAAAGCUUCAAGAAGUGAAAUCCUUUGGGUUCAACCAUGGUCCAAAGCUACAAGGUGGGAAAUCUGAUUUAACCCAGAAGAGGAAGCUUCAAGGAGUGAAAUCUGUGGAGUUCAACCCUAGACCACAGAGACGAGGUGAGAAAUCUGAUUUGACGCUAGAGUGGAGGCUUCAAGAUUUGAAAUCUGUUGAGUUAAAACCUGUUCCACAGUUACAAGGUGUGACAUCUUCUGAGUUAACACCAGAAACAAAGCUUCAAAGUGGAGGAUCUGUGGAAUUCAUCACCAGGCCCAUGUGGCAAGAUACGAAAUCUCUUGAAUUGAAUCUAGGUACAAAGGUACAAGAUGUGAAAUCUUUGGGGUUCAAGUCAGCCCUACAGUUACAAAAUAGGAAAUUGUCUAUGUUGACACCAGGGGCACACUUUCAAGGUAUGAAAUCUGUGGAAUUCAACCCUGGGGCAAAGUUGCAAGGUGCAAAAUCUCCUGAGUCCAUAAAGCUUCAAAUAGUGAAAACUACAGAAGUCAAUCAUGACCCAGAAUUUCGGGUUGCAAACCCCUCUGAGUUAGCCUUGGAAUCAAAGAUUCACAGUGUGGUAUCUUCUGAGUUCAGUGCUGGGAAGCAGUGGCAAGAAGAGAAAUCAUAUAAGUUGAACCCACGGCCAGAGCUUCAAAGUGUAAAAUUUAUGGUAUACAAUCAUGGACCACAUUUGCAACAUAGAAAAUCUUCAGAAUUAUGCAAAGGGACACAGAUUCAAGAUGUGAAAUCUAUGGAAUUCAAUCCUGAGCAACAGUUGCAAGAUGUGAAAUCUUCUGAGCUGUGCCAGGGAACAAGUGUUCAAGGUAUGCAGUCUUUCCAGUUCAAUCCUGGGCCACAGUUACAAGUGAUAAAAUCUGAGUUGUGCAAAGACAUGAAGCUUCCAUAUGAGCAAUUUCCGGAAUUCAAUCAUGAGCCUAAAUUACAAGGUGGGAAAUGCUCUGAGUUGAAUCCAGGGCCACAGCUUCAGUGUAUAAAUGUUAUGGCAUUCAACACGGGGCCUCAAUUGAAAGGUGUAAAAUCUUUUGAGUUGAAUCCUGGGCCAGAGCUUCAAGGUAUAAAAUCUAAGUUGUUCUGCCUUGGGCCACAUUUGCAAGGUAUGAAUUCGUCUGCAUUUAUUUCAAAACCAAACCUUCAGUGUGUAAAUGCUGUUGGAUGCAACCCUGAGUCACACUUGCAAGGUGUAAACUCUUCUGAAUUAACUUCAGUUUCAAAACUUCAAAGUAGGAAGUCUUCUGAGUUGAAUUCAGGGACAGAGUUUCCAAGGGAGACAUCUGUAGUGGUCAACCCUGGAAUACGUUUGCAAGAUUUGAAAUCUGAACUGAUUCCAGGGCCAAAGUUUCUAGGUGUAGCACCUAUGGGAUGCAACCCUGGGCCACAGAUGAACUGUAUAAAUCCUUCUGAGUUGAAUCCAGAGCCAAAAUUACAAUGUGUAAAUUCUAUGGGGUGCAAACUGGGGCCACCUUUGCAAAGUGUACCAUCUUUUGAGUUGACUUCAGGGACAAAAUGUCAAGGUAUGGGAUCUGAGGUGAAUCCAGGGACCAAGAGUCACAGUGAGACAUCUGUGGUGUUCAACCCUGAACCACAUUUGCAAUGUUUGAAAUCUGAAUUGAUUCCCGGGCCAAAGUUUCUAGGUGUAGCACCUAUGGGAUGCAAACCUGGGCCACAGACAAACUGUGUAAAUUCUUCUGAGUUGAAUCCAGAGGCAAAAUUACAAUGUGUAAACGCUGUGGAGUACAAAUUUGAGCCACCUUUGCAAGGUAUACAAUCCUUUGGGUUGACUUCAGAGAUAAAAUGUCAAGGUAUGGGAUCUUUUGAUUUGAAUCUGGGGUCAGAAUUUCAAGGUAUAAAAUCUGUUUUGUUCAACCCUGUGCAACAUUUACAAAAUAUGAAAUGUGAAUUGACUCCAGGGACAAAGUUUCCAGGUGUAACAUCACAGGAGUUCAACUGUGGCCCACAGCUGCAAGGUGUGAAUUCUUCUGAUUUGAAUUCAGGGUCAGAAUUUCAGUGCAUGAAUUCUGUAAAGUUUAAUCCAGGGCCACAGAUGCAAAGCACAAAACCCUCUGAAUUGAAUCCUGGGUUAGAAUCUCAAGGUACAAAAUCUAUUCUGUUCAACCCUGGACAAUAUUUGCAAGGUAUAAAAUCUUCUGAGUUAAUACCAGGGGCAAAGUUUCCAGAAAUCCAGUUUUGGGAGAAUCACUGUGGGUCACAGCAACAAGUUGUGCAGUCAGUGUUCACUGUAGGCUCUCCGUUAAAUGGUAUGAAAUCUGUCUUAUUUUUACCAGAGCCAUUGCUUGAAGAUGUAAAAUCUAUGAAGAUGAGCAAGGAGCCAUUGCUUUGUGGUGCAAAUUCUGUGAAACGGAUUUCAGGCUCUGAGCUGCAGGACUUGAAAUGUGAGAUGUUUGCACGAGAGCCAUGUUUUAAAAUAAUGAAAUCUGUGGAUUUAAAUUCAGGGCCACAUCCUCAAGGUAUGAAUUCUGAGGAGUUGCCCUCACACCUCAGGCAGCAUAAUGUGAGAUCCGUGGUGUUUUCACCGCAUUUUCAAGAUGUGAAAUCUUUGAAGUCAAACCCAUUGCCACAGCCUCAAAGUGCUAAUUCUUUAGGGUUGUCAUCAUGCCUCAGGUCACCAUGUGUUAAUUCUGAGGUCUUUGCACCAGAGUCAUGUUUUCAAGAUGUCAAAUCUGUAGAGUUGACACCAGGGUCCCAACAGCAAGGUAUGAAUUGCCAAGAGUUGACUUCAGGAUGGCAAGGUAUGAAAUCAGUGGUGUUGGCACCAGAGCCAGUUAAGAAGUUCAUACCAGGACCGAUGUUGGCUAGUGUUAAAUUUUCAAGUUUGUCUCCAGAAUCACAGCAACAAGGUGAGAAAUCUUUGGAGUUUACUCCAGAACCAAAGUUGCAAAGUAUAAAACAUGUGAAAUUGUCUUCAGCAUCUCUGCAACAAGAUAUAAAACCUGUAGAGUUACCACCAGGGUCACUGCUUCAAAGAACAAAAUCUGAGGAGCUAACUCCAAAAAGAAGGUAUCCAAUCACAAACUCCUCUGAGAUAAUCCCUAGGCCAGAGCAUCAGUUUGUAGAACAUGUGGAGAUGAUCCCAACGCCAAUUCAUCAGGUCCCUAAAUCUGUGAGUUUGAUUUCAAUACCAAUUUAUCACAUCACAGAAUCUUCAGCAAUGGCACAAAGGUUGGCACACCAAGGCAAAGAAACCAUAGAAAAAUCUGUAGGGUUGACCCCAAAGCCAACAAGUAAAGCCAUGGAAUCUUCAGGAUUCCUCCUUCAUCAGCCUCUAGGGCUAGAUCUCCAAGUACCAGAAUCUGUUGAUGUGACUCCAGUGCUAAGAAAUCGAGGCUCUAAAUCCUUAGAAUUAACCCUAAAGGAAAGCUACCAAAUCCCAAAAACUCUGGAGUUGCUCUCUCAGUCACAGACUCAAGUUAAGGAUUUGGAGGAAUUACAUACAAGGCUACUGCAGCAAGCUGUAGGAUCUGAAGAGAUGACCCCAGAGCCCAAGCAUCACACUACAGAAACUAUGGGAUUGACCUCCAAGGCAAGGCCAAAAAGGAAGGAAUUCCUUGGAAUGACCCCAAAGCCAAUACGUAAAACCACUGGAUAUGCAGAGAGAUUUCCAAGGCCCUAUCCUCAAGCACUAGAACUUGUGGAGGUGAUCUCUGAGAAAAGGCUGCAAAGGGAAGACUCUGAAGCAUUGAUUACACAGUCAUUACAUCAUGUCCCAGGGUCUUCAGAGAUGACACCAGGACUAGGAUAUCAAGUUCCUGAAUCUAUGGGUUUAACUUCUAAGCAACGGCUUCAAAGGGAGGAAUCUUUAGAGUUGCCCCCAAAGCCGACAGAUCAAGUUGCAGGAUGUGCAGAAUCUGUAAAGCUCAUACCUGAGACAUGGCAGCAAGGGGAUGGAUCAGUGGGAUUAUCAUUGUCACAGAAUCAAAGGAUGAAAUAUUCAGAGAUAGGUCCAGGACUACAAGGUCGAAUUUCAGAAUAUAUGAGGAUUAGUCCAAAGCCGCCAGAUCAGGUCACAGAAUCUACAAAGACACAGCUUCACGUUGCUCAAGGGGUAACCCCGGUAGUUCCCCAAAAAGUUAUUGACUAUGUGAAAGUGACUUCUGGGCCACCACCUCAAGUUGUGAAAUCUGUAGCAUUAACACCAGGGCCAAUCUCUCAAAAGGUAGACUGCCUUGAGUUGACUCCAAAACUGCAAGAUGUGAGAUCUUCUGAGUUUACCUCAGGGCUAUGGUUGCAGAAUGUGAAAUCUAAGAAAUUAGCCACAGAGCCAACACACCAAAUUUUGGAAACAAUGAAGUUGACAGGGUUUCAAAUCGUAAAGACUGUGUUAAUCCCAGGGCCACCACUUCAAAUUGUAAAAUCUGAGGAAUUAGCACCAGGACCAAUUCCUCAGGUUGUAGAACCAAUAGGAGUAGCCUUAGGGUCAGCGAUUGAAGCACUGGAUUGUUUGGAUUUAUUCCCAAGGCCACAGCUUCAAGAAAUGGUAGAACCUGUAGAAUUAACUCCAAGGCCAAAUACUAAAGUGAAAUCUGCAGAAUUACUCUCACAGCCAACAUCUCCAUUUGAGAAACCUACAAUGUUCACUCGUGAACAAGGGCUUCAGGCCAUGAAAUCAGUAGGGACAAAAAUAGGGUCUUCUCAAAUCAGGGAAUCUGAGGAUUUGAAUCUAGGACAGGUAUAUCAGAUUAGGGAAUCUGAGGAUUUUACAUCAAGAGAGGAGUUACAAAUAGAUAAUUAUAUCUCUAGAUUUCUGUACAACUCUUCAAACUCACUUAUCUCAAGCUCUGCCGAAACAUCUGAAUUAGGAAGCCUUUGGGAUUUUGAGCUGCCGGAAGUAUCAAGGACUUUGGAUGUAAAAAACCUUGGGACAGAUAUUUUGGAGCCUGAAGAGUCCUUUAUAGACUCUACUGUGAUACGGUCUUCAACCCUUACCUCGUCCCUUCAUAAUCAACCGUCUGAUAAAAUAACUAACAUUGUAGAAACCCCACAUUUUGAGAUCCCAGGAGUGGGUGUCAUAUCUAAGGAGAGGACUAAUAAGAAGCAGGUGGAAGAGCUAGAGAACUUACUCCACGACCUAUCCCAACAUCCACCACAAAGCUGGAGAUCACCAUCUAGGACGUUUCAGUCAGGAUCGGGAACUCAAAGAGGCCUUACCUGGUCUGUCCUGGGGAGACAACAGAAUGUCUGGGAGAAUCACUCCUGGAGACAGCGACUACCUAGAAAAUAUCUUUCCAAUAUGCUAACGCUGGGGAAUGUCUUGGGAGCCACUAUGACAAGGAAGCUCUAUUCUCGAACAUCUUUAACAGAGAGAGCCACUGCAGAUGUCUGUCAGUCUAUUCAGAAUUUAUUUGGGGUUCCAGCUGAACUGAUGAAAUUUUCCCAGAGUUUGCUAGAGAAGGGUCGAGGUACUAUCUCUCAGCCUUCAGUGGUCAAAAACUACAUUCAAAGACAUACUUCAUGUCAUGAUCAUGAGCAAAGAAUGGCCUUAAAGAUGUGGACACGUGGUUCCAUGUCCUCUAUAAUACAGCAAUACUCUGGGACUAGAAUGAGAAUAAAGAAAGUAAAUUCAAAGCUCAAUGAUACAUCCAAGGAAGUCAUUCAGCCCAUUCCUGCUUCAUGUACAGGGGGCCAGCCUCCUGCCCCAGUAAAGUUAGAGUCCUCCUUCGAUAUAGUUUUCACUAGGAAAGAUUCUGUUCCAGUGGGAGAGAGUGAGAACUCACAGAGUUAUUCACAGACAAGGAUUUUUGAAUCCCAACACUCUCUCAAGCCAAGUUUUCUUCCCCAGGCCAAAACUGACUUCUCAGAACAGUUCCAGCUGUUACAAGAUCUGCAGCUAAAAAUAGCAGCAAAACUGUUAAGGAGUCAAAUACCCCCAAAUGUUCCUCCACCUCUAACUUCAGGUCUGGUUUUAAAAUACCCUAUCUGCCUACAAUGUGGCCGAUGUGCAGGAUUUAGUUGCUGUCAUAAAUUACAGGGUACUCUUGGGCCUUACCUUCUUAUUUAUCCACAGCUCCACCUUGUAAGCACUCCUAAAGGCCAUGGAGAGAUUAGGUUGCAUCUUGGCUUUAGGCUGCGAACUGGGAAAAGACCCCAAGUUUCAAAGUAUCACAGAAGAGACAGACCCAUCACACCAAGGAGUCCUAUGUCACCAUCACUAAGGAAAGCUAAUGUCUACACUCGAGCUUCCAAGAGUCCUACUUCUACGAUAGAUUUCCAGUCUGGAUCUUCCCAGGCUCCUGCUUCUCCUGUACAAGUGCACAUCAGGCGAAGGCAGUAUAGGAGCCCUGACCUAGUAGGAAAGACAGAAAUUAGAGACUCUGGGCAAUAUGAAUUUACUCAAGUUCACUCUUUACCAGAUAGUGACUCUGAAGAUGUUCAGGAUGAAAAAUGGGCUAAAAGGAGAACCCAAAAGACCCAUGAUUCAAAAUAUCCAAUGAAAGGAACCAGAGGAGGCAGAACACAAAAUGCAGAGUUCUACACAAAUGGUAGAGCCAUGACACAGAGUCCUUCUAGGGAAUUACCAGCCCAGUUUACAAGGAAGAGGAAUGGAGCAUCUCAGACAAUGACUGCCUCGUUGAAAAGACAACCUAAGAAAUCCUCCCAACCCAAAUUCAUUCAACUGCUUUUUCAAGGCCUAAAGCAAGCAUUCCAGAUGGCACACAGAAUUAUGGCUUUUGUUGGGCAGAAGCCUGAGGACAGAUCAAGGCCAGACCAUUUGUGGUCAAGCAAAAACCAGCAUCCAAAACGAAAAGCCAGAGACUAUUACUUAUCAAGAGAUAUCAAAAGUGACGGGAUGCCAGUUGUCAAGCUAAAGCCAACAGACCUAACCACUAAGCAGGAGAGCACAUUAAGGGAAGAAACAGAGCAACUCAGAUCAGUUCAACAACCAAAAUGGGAUAGCUCUUUCAAACCUAGACAUACCCAACUGCCCAAGCGCAUAGUUUCCCAAAGAAGUACCACUUUCAAAACCACUUCAAGCAGACAGUCUAUGGGUGUUGUUCAAAAUGACAGUAGCAGCAGAGCUAAGAAAAACUUUGGCAGAAGUGAAAUCUCCAUCCAGGAGUCCAAGAACUCCAAAUCGGGAACCAGAGUUCAGGACCGAGGGAGAAUUCUACAAGAUUCACUUAAGAGAAACUCACACAGUCACCUUAAAGAGAAACUGACACCCAAGAAACGAAACCACAAAAGCUUCUUAAGGCAGAGAACCCCAUGUAAUUCCUCUGAAAGGAGCCAUGGUAGUCCCUCUCAGAGGAGCCAUCACAGUCUCUCUCAAAGGGGCCACCAAAGUCCCUCUGAAAGGAGAUGUCGUAGCCCUUCUGAGAGGAGCCAUCGAAGUCCUUCUCAGAGAAGUCAUCACAGUCUCUCCGGAAGGAGCCGUCAAAGUCCCUCUGAGAGGAGCCACCAAAGUCCUUCUCAGAGGAGCCAUCGCAGUCUCUCCGGAAGGA